AUGGCGAGCGCUGGGCAACGUGACCCAACGUGGCCACCUCCGAACUUUAUCGAUCCUGAAGAUCGAGGACCAGCUCUUUUUAAUCUAUGCAUCGUCCUCAGCAUACUAGGCACUUUCACUGUCGGCUUCAGGCUGUACGCUCGCCUGUUCUUGACCAAAGCUCUGGGGAUUGACGACAUUCUCGUUGUUUUCAGCCUGAUGUUCUGCAUCGCCUUGUCAGUGCUGAUCAUUAUCGCGAACAAGAAGUUCCACCUUGGCCGACAUGUAUGGGAUAUACCUGUCGCUACAAUCAGCCCCCAUCGACAGAACGUGUGGAUCAGCCAGUGGUGUUAUAUUGCAGCUGCGGCACUUGUCAAAAUCAGCGUGCUCCUUUUCUACCGGCGAUUGAGUGUCAAGUUCACUCGUACCUUCCUGGUAGCGACAUGGAUUGGCAUCGUUUACAAUAUCUGUUACUUUAUCACCUUUGGAAUCAUCCUUCUGCGUCUAUGUACUCCGGUACACGCGUACUGGAUGAGGUUUGAACAGGACUGGGCCGCCACUCACAGCUUUCGAUGCAAUUCGGAAGCUGCAUCUUUACCCAUCUCUUCAGCAUUGAGCGUGGUGGGAGAUGUGUACAGCACAGCUCUACCCUUUGCACUCAUCUGGAACUUGAAGUUACCUACGCGACAGAAGGUGGCUCUGUACGCAUUGUUUUCAGUAGGCCUCCUGGCCAUUGGUGCCGGUAUCGCUCGAACAGUGCUUCUAUACAUUAUUCAUCACACCAAACAGGACCUAACGUUUAUUCUGUGGGAGACUUGGAUCUGGGCUCUAGUUGAGUUGUACGGUUCACUGUUUGCGGCAAGUGCCCCGGCUCUCAAGACGUUCUUCCGAAAAGUUGUUCAGGGGCCUGUGGCCAGCUUGAGAAAGGGCAGUUCAACAGACAGAGGCAGACCUGAAAGUGGGAAAGUUCAAGAUGAAAAUCGGACUCAUGGUCGCACUACCCGGCCCUUGAUCAGAGAUGAAGAAAUGGGUCUGAACCAAAGCGGAGAUGUCCAGCAACCCCGAGAUGAGGCAUUUCUCAGGGGAAUGAUUCAGCAAGCGGCUCAUCAUGGGCGUCCAGACUCGACAAGGAGCACGGGCGAACUACAGCCUCAAUUUAAGCGACCGAUUUCGAAAUUUGUAGACACGCAGAAGCCGCUGCCCCCUAUCAAAGACCUUGAGCGGCACGAAUUGCCCUGCCCUCCAACAGAGUUACCUGCCAGUCCCACGAUUUCACCUUCUGGCCAAACGGAGCUGCCUGGGAGCCUGACAGCGUUACCAGAUCUUUCAGCGGCAUCGCUGACUAUUCCGAGAGGCCGCCAGCGCCUGACCGUACCUGAGGCUACUCUGAGUCGCAUUAGUGAAGGCACAGAAGGUUGGCGAAGCUCUCAACAGACCAUCCACGUCGGACUGCAAAUCUUGCCCGAGAUGACCGGUUUCGACUUGAUCCAGUUGAGCCCAAGCAAUCAGCAUGUGAACGCGCAAGCAAAGGGGUGA